GGGAGAAAGACAGCAACAGAGAAAGGAAGAGGGCAGAGUGAGAGGGAAGUCAGGGAAAAGGGGAGGGGGAGAAGUUUGAGCUGACCCUGGAGAUGAAGAGGUGAUGAAGAGGUAGAACUUUAGUGUGGACAACCUGCACAGGAGAUAAAGGCAUUAAGGGACAACAGGAGAGAAAGAUUUGGGAAAGAAACCACUUCACUUGUUAACAGCUGCCUCUUUAAAGGAAGAGAGAUCCCAACAGGUGUAAAAGCAGACAGGUGGACACUCAGACAUGCUUCCUGCACUUCUGCUUCUCUGCGUGGCCCCUGGGGUUUGGGGCUCAGCACCCGAAGUGUGGGGAUAUGGUAAGAUCCAGGAGAGGCAGGGACCAGCUGAAGCUCUGUGCCCGUCUCUGUGCCAGUGUGAGGAGGACGGGAUCUUUGUCAUGGUGGACUGCUCCGAGUUGGGACUAUCAUCCGUGCCAAGCGAGCUCAGUCCUCUCACCACUUACCUGGAUCUGAGUAUGAACAACAUCAGUGAGAUUCAGCCCCGAGCUUUCCACCGACUGCACCUGUUAUCGGAACUACGUAUCUCAGGAAACCAGCUGAGGUAUAUCUCUGGCAGUGCUCUCCAGGGUCUUCACAACCUGAAAGUUCUGAUGCUACAAAAUAACCAACUGGAGAGACUUCCUGAUGAUGCACCUUGGGAUCUACCCAACCUACUGUCCCUGCGUCUCGAUGCUAACCUGUUGUCUGAGGUUCCGGCUGAGGCUUUUCGAGGGGUUGCCUCUCUAAGACACCUGUGGUUGGAUGACAACUCCCUAACUGAGAUCCCAGUGACGGCUCUGGACUCUCUGCCAUCUCUGCAGGCCAUGACGCUCGCCCUCAACCAAAUCACACACAUCCCUGAUUACGCCUUCACCAACCUCUCGGCCCUUGUGGUACUGCAUCUCCAUAACAAUCAGAUCAAGAGCAUGGAUGCGAAAUGUUUUGAAGGCUUACAGAGUUUGGAGACACUGGAUUUGAACUACAAUGAUCUCCAGGAGUUUCCUGUGGCCAUCAGGACACUGAGCAAGCUUCAGGAACUGGGCUUUCAUAAUAACAAUAUCAAAGCCAUCCCUGAGAGAGCCUUCGUGGGAAACCCACAGCUUCAAACCAUUCAUUUCUACGAGAACCCCAUCCAGUUUGUGGGAAAAUCCGCUUUCCAGUUCUUACCUAAACUGCACACACUUUCCCUUAAUGGAGCGACCCAGAUUCAAGAGUUUCCAGAUCUGAAAGGAACUACCAGUUUGGAAAUUUUGACGCUGACUCGGGCCGGUCUCUCAGCUCUCCCUCUGGAUCUCUGUGAGCAGCUGCCUCAUCUAAGAGUGCUGGAGCUGUCUUACAACCAGAUAGAGGAUCUGCCCAGCUUUUACCACUGUUCGGCUCUACAAGAGAUAGGACUGCAGCAUAACCAAAUCAGAAGGAUAGAGUCAAGCACCUUCCAGCAACUAACCUCUCUAAGAGCACUCGAUCUAAGUUGGAAUUUGAUCGAGUGGAUCCACAUGGAUGCCUUUGCUGGGCUUCACUCUUUGAUCAAACUGGAUCUUACUGAGAACCAUCUCAGCUCAUUGCCUGUAGUGGGUUUGGGAGGUCUCACUCAUCUCAAGCUGAGGGGAAACACUGAACUUUAUGAGGCCUUCAGUCCUGAUCACUUCCCCCGUAUGAGGGUUAUAGAGAUGCCUUAUGCCUACCAGUGCUGUGUAUACGGUUCCUGUGAUACCUACAAACCGUCGAGCCAGUGGGACACAGAGCAAAGCAACACAGAUGAGGACUUGCAUAAGAAGACUGUGGCUAUGUACCCUAUCCAUGCUGAUACACACUAUGACCCUGAUCUGGAGGAGUUCCAGCUAGAAAUAGAGGAAUCUAAACUGCAAGCCAGUGUCCAGUGCACACCAACACCAGGUCCCUUCCGUCCCUGCGACUCUCUGUUAGGAAGCUGGCUGGUUCGAGUGGGCUUGUGGACCAUCUCCUUGGUGUCUCUUCUGGGAAACUCCCUUUUGCUCCUGUCUCUCUUUGGGUCACCUGGCUACUUGUCACCGCUCCGCUUCACUGUGGCCUGCAUGGGCGCUUCCAACCUGUUGACAGGUGUUUGUACAUGCACCCUGGCCCUUGUGGACUCUCUAACCUUAGGAGACUUUGGUCACCAUGGUGCCCGCUGGGAGGGGGGUCCUGGUUGUCAGGCAACAGGCUGGGUCUGGGUGUUUGCAUCUGAAGCGAGUGUGCUGCUGCUGACUCUGGCAGCUGUGCAGUGUGGAGUGAGCGUGACAUGCGCUCGAGCCUAUGGAAAGUCCCCAUCCCUUGGGAGUGUACGCACAUGUGCACUUUUCUGCCUCACUCUUUCCUUCACCCUUGCGUCUUUACCGCUGGUAGGAGUUGGGGAGUAUGGGUCCUCACCUUUUUGUCUUCCCUCCCCCCUGCCACCCCCAUCCUCUCGACUGCCAUCCUCUUUGGGCUUCCCGUUGGCGCUCAUUAUGAUGAACACUUUGUGCUUGCUCAUCGUCACAGGUUCCUACAUUCGGCUCUACUGGGAGUUACUUAGGGGAGAGUGUGAGGGCCUGUGGGACUGCGCUAUGAUCAAACAUGUUGCCUGGCUAAUAUUCACCAAUGGCCUCCUCUAUGUACCUGUAGCUUUCCUCUCCCUCUGCUCCCUCCUGGGUCUCCUCUCUCUUGGGGAGGAGGUACUAAAAUCAGUUCUUCUGCUUCUUCAGCCCCUGCCUGCUUGCCUAAAUCCCCUCCUAUUCCUCCUUUUCACACGGGACCACUCCCAGUUUUUCUUCUGGCCUCAUCCAAAAGCACGUCCACAGUUACGCCGGGACCACACCCUUGACUCCCUGGUUUCUGUGGAGACAGAGAAGAGCUCCUGCUCUGAUUCGUCGACACAGGUGUCACUUUCUGAUGCUGACGCCCUGUACGGUGGAGGGACCCCUCUGCAAUCACAAGUGGAUACAGCCAGGUUUUCUCAUUGCUCCUCUACUUCAUCUGUCCCCCUCAUUCCUUGCCAGAUACCUACUCCCACAGCCAGGGAUAGAGACAGGGUGACAGAUCGAGGGAGCCUAAGCGACAAUGAAUGUCAGAAGAGUUUGGAUCAAGAGGUUAUUCAUAACACUUGCCCUAUGUAUCACUCUUCCAAAACUCCCUCUCUCAACUCUCAUCCAUGAGCCUGUAAGAUAGCUGUCUGAACAGCUAGGACACUGUGGACACUCAAGGACUCAUCACUGACCUGUAGCAGCACUAUCAGCUCUCGGUCAUCAAUCCUCAAGCACCUCAGAAUGAAUCCAUACAGAGACUGUGGAGUACACUGAAUACAACAAAGUGCCACUGAAGACGGAUGCAACAAAAAGUUUCCUUCGUAGCAAAGACAAUGAAAGGAAAUGCAAACCAAGACAACAGAAAUCCAGGAAUAUUGAGAAAAAGUUCAGAAACUACUCAAUGGACUGCCUCAGCCAUAGGCUCACAUGACAAGAAAGCGCAUAUAAAAGUUGUUUACAACAUUGAACUCUGAGCAUCAGACCAAUCAGUGGUGUAGCAAGAGGGAAUUUAUUUAGAUCAUGUAGAAUAUAUGUAAAUUUAAUACUGAAAUGUGAUCAUGAGACAUGCAGCUUAGUGGUUACAGAUUGUUCGGUAAUAUUUUAAGUGGAGUUAUCUAUUUUUUUUUCUUUAAAUACAAGUGCUAUCCUAUGCAAAAGGUCUGUUUUACAUAAAGGGACACAUACAAAAGGACAUCUCACCAGAGUAAGCUAACUUUUUUUUUCCAUUUACAGAAACAAGAUGUCAGAUUUCAUUUCUUCCAAAUGUGUAAAAGCUAGUUCAAUACCUGUUUUCAUUUUGUACUCGGCAAAAUGCAAGAGAUAUCAGAUUGCACACAUAGUUUCAUAUGGUUUACAUGUCUUAAACCAGCAUCUCAGCAGAUAUAUAGACUGAAUUGGAUGUAGCAAUCUUUCUACAGACAUUGGAAUAGGCUAGCAAUAUGUACAUACAAUGUAACUACCUCUGAACUAGCAUGGUAUUGACACAAUACAGCCCUAUGAUGUUCUCCUUUUUAUAUGAUACACAGCAAAUACAUUUUAUAUUUUAAGAAAUAAAUUCUUAGUUUGUA